CCGGCCGCGCUCCUGCUCCGCCUCUCGCUGCUGCUGCUGCUGCUGCCGCCGCCGGCCGCCGCCGUGGAAGAAACCCUGAUGGACUCCACCACCGCAACGGCAGAACUCGGGUGGACGGUGCACCCACCAUCAGGGUGGGAAGAAGUGAGCGGCUACGAUGAGAACAUGAACACGAUCCGGACUUACCAGGUAUGCAACGUCUUUGAAUCUAGCCAGAACAACUGGCUGAGGACCAAGUAUAUCCGGAGGCGGGGGGCCCACCGCAUCCACGUGGAAAUGAAGUUCUCCGUACGGGACUGUAGCAGCAUUCCCAACGUCCCUGGCUCCUGUAAGGAGACUUUUAACCUCUACUAUUACGAAUCCGACUUUGACUCGGCUACCAAGACAUUUCCCACCUGGAUGGAGAACCCUUGGAUGAAAGUGGACACCAUUGCUGCGGAUGAGAGCUUCUCUCAGGUGGACCUCGGGGGCCGGGUGAUGAAAAUUAACACCGAGGUGCGUAGUUUUGGGCCUGUCUCCAAAAAUGGCUUUUACCUGGCCUUCCAGGACUACGGAGGCUGCAUGUCCUUGAUCGCGGUGCGUGUUUUCUACCGCAAAUGCCCGCGGGUCAUCCAGAACGGAGCCGUUUUCCAGGAGACGCUCUCUGGAGCCGAGAGCACUUCGCUGGUGGCCGCGCGGGGCACUUGCAUCCCCAACGCCGAAGAGGUGGACGUACCCAUCAAGUUGUAUUGCAAUGGCGAUGGGGAGUGGCUGGUUCCCAUUGGGCGCUGCAUGUGUAAAGCUGGCUACGAGUCGGUGGAGAACGGGACCGUCUGCAGAGGCUGUCCCUCGGGGACCUUCAAAGCCAACCAGGGGGAUGAAAGUUGCAUCCAUUGCCCCAUCAACAGCCGGACCACGUCGGAAGGUGCCACCAACUGCGUCUGCCGAAACAGCUACUAUCGGGCCGAUUCUGAUCCACUGGACAUGCCGUGUACUACCAUCCCAUCAGCCCCCCAAGCGGUCAUCUCCAGCGUGAACGAGACCUCUCUGAUGCUGGAGUGGAGCCCACCCCGGGACUCGGGGGGCCGCGAGGAUUUGGUCUACAACAUCAUCUGCAAGAGCUGCGGCUCGGGCCGGGGGGCCUGCACCCGCUGCGGGGACAACGUACAGUUCACGCCACGCCAGCUGGGCCUGACCGAGUCCCGUGUUUACAUCAGUGACCUGCUGGCCCACACCCAAUACACCUUUGAGAUCCAGGCUGUGAAUGGCGUCACCGACCAGAGCCCAUUUUCGCCACAGUUUGCUUCUGUCAACAUCACUACUAACCAGGCUGCCCCUUCGGCCGUGUCCAUCAUGCACCAGGUGAGCCGGACCGUGGACAGCAUCACCCUCUCGUGGUCGCAGCCAGACCAGCCCAACGGAGUCAUCCUGGACUAUGAGCUUCAAUACUACGAGAAGGAUCUGAGCGAGUUCAACGCCACAGCGGUUAAGAGCCCCACCAACACUGUCACAGUGCAGAACCUCAAAGCUGGCACCAUUUACGUCUUCCAGGUGCGGGCACGCACGGUGGCGGGCUACGGGCGCUACAGCGGCAAAAUGUACUUCCAGACCAUGACGGAAGCCGAAUAUCAAACGAGCAUCCAGGAGAAACUCCCCCUUAUCAUCGGCUCCUCGGCCGCCGGGCUGGUUUUCCUCAUUGCCCUGGUCGUCAUCAUCUUGGUGUGCAACAGUCCAUCUGCCUCCCGCUCAGCACGGUGCUCUCCUUCCAGAAGACGAGGAUUUGAGCGUGCCGAUUCCGAGUACACCGACAAGCUCCAGCAUUACACCAGCGGCCACAUGACCCCUGGCAUGAAGAUUUACAUCGACCCCUUCACCUACGAAGACCCGAACGAAGCCGUCAGAGAGUUCGCGAAGGAAAUCGACAUCUCGUGCGUCAAAAUUGAGCAGGUGAUUGGUGCAGGCGAGUUCGGCGAGGUGUGCAGCGGCCACCUGAAGUUGCCCGGCAAGAGGGAGAGCUUCGUGGCCAUCAAGACCCUGAAGUCCGGCUACACCGAGAAGCAGCGUCGGGACUUCCUGAGCGAGGCCAGCAUCAUGGGCCAGUUUGAUCACCCCAACGUCAUCCACCUGGAGGGGGUGGUCACCAAGAGCACCCCAGUCAUGAUCGUGACGGAGUUCAUGGAGAACGGCUCGUUGGAUUCCUUCCUGCGGCAAAACGAUGGGCAGUUUACGGUGAUCCAGCUGGUGGGCAUGUUGCGGGGCAUCGCUGCUGGCAUGAAGUACCUGGCCGACAUGAACUACGUCCACCGCGACCUGGCAGCCCGCAACAUUCUCGUGAACAGCAACCUGGUGUGCAAGGUUUCGGACUUCGGCCUCUCCCGCUUCCUGGAAGACGACACUUCUGAUCCCACCUACACCAGCGCCUUGGGUGGGAAGAUCCCAAUUCGCUGGACAGCGCCCGAAGCCAUCCAGUACCGGAAGUUCACUUCCGCCAGCGACGUGUGGAGCUACGGCAUCGUCAUGUGGGAGGUGAUGUCCUACGGGGAGCGGCCUUAUUGGGACAUGACCAAUCAAGAUGUAAUAAAUGCUAUCGAGCAAGAUUACCGACUGCCACCCCCCAUGGAUUGCCCCAGCGCCCUGCACCAGCUCAUGUUGGACUGCUGGCAGAAGGACCGCAACCACAGGCCGAAAUUCGGGCAGAUAGUCAACACCUUAGACAAGAUGAUCCGAAACCCGAAUAGCCUGAAAGCCAUGGCACCCCUCUCCUCGGGGAUUAACCUCCCCUUACUGGACCGCACAAUUCCAGAUUAUUCAAGCUUCAACACAGUGGAGGAAUGGCUUGAUGCCAUCAAGAUGGGCCAAUACAAGGAGAGCUUUGCCAGCACGGGCUUCACCAACUUCGACGUAGUCUCCCAGAUGACCAUGGAGGACAUUCUACGAGUCGGGGUCACGUUAGCAGGGCACCAGAAGAAAAUUCUGAACAGUAUCCAGGUGAUGCGCGCACAGAUGAAUCAAAUCCAGUCCGUGGAGGUUUGAGACGCGCACGCCGUGACUUGCACACCACCUCCUCGAGGCCCUGCCCCCCUUUUGUCCCCAUGUGUCUUGAGCUCUUGCGGGCCCUGCGUAACCCCCCUACGGAGACGGCAGCAACAGG